GAAGAUAAGCUGGAGGAGUUUCUAGAGCAGAAGGAAUAUGAAGACCUUGGAUUCCCCACGCUCCAGGUGGAGGAAGCAGAAGCUCAACUCACCGAGCCGACAGCCACAGACUACCACACCGCGUCGCACCGCCCCCCAGACGGCCUCGAGGUCUUCGUGGAGCUGCGGGAACUGGUGAUGGAUGAAAAGAACCAGGAGCUACAGUGGAUGGAGACGGCACGCUGGGUGCGGCUAGAGGAGAACCUGGGGAAGGACGGCACCUGGGGCCGCCCACACCUGUCUUACCUCACCUUCUGGAGCCUCUUGGAGCUGCAGAAGGCCUUUGCCAAGGGUACUGUCCUCCUGGACCUGCCAGAGAAAUCCCUGGCCGGGGUGGUCAGCCAGCUGCUGGACAGGUUUAUCUUCGAGUGGCAGAUCCAGCCUGAGGACCGAGAAAAUCUGUUCCGGGUCCUGCUGCUCAAACACAGCCACGCCAGAGAUGUGGAGGCCCUGGGGAGUGUGAAGCCUGCAGUCCUGACACAUUCUGGGGACCCUUCACAGCCUCUGCUCCCACAGCAUCCCUCGCUGGAGACAGAGCUCUUCUGGGAACAGGGAGAGGGGAGCGCGGAAGGGCACUCGUCAUCUGGAAUGCUGGGAAAGAGUCCCCAGGACCGGGAGGCCACCCUGGUGCUGGUGGGCUGUGCCAGGUUCCUGGAGCGGCCAGUGCUGGGCUUUGUGCGACUAAAGGAGCCUAUGGAGACGGAGCAGAAGCCACAGGAGCCAGAGGGGCCGGCCGUCCCUGUGCGCUUCCUCAUUGUGUUGCUGGGACCUGAGGCCCCCAACAUCGACUACAACCAGCUGGGCCGGGCUGCUGCUACCCUCAUGUCAGAGAGGGUGUUCCGCACUGAUGCAUACCUGGCCCAGAACAAGGAGACGCUGGUGCAUUCCCUAGAGGGCUUCCUAGACUGCAGUCUGGUGUUACCUCCCAUGGACACGCCCUCUGAGGGUGCCCUGCUCAGUCUGGUGCCCGUGCAGAAAGAGCUGCUGAAAAGACGCUACCUGCCCAGCUCUGCCAAGCCAGAGCCCAGCUUCCUCAAGGGCCUAGAUUUGAAUGGGGGUCUAGAGGACACCCAGGAUGACCCUCUGCAGCGGACAGGCAGGCUCUUUGGGGGAAUGGUACGUGACCUCCGGCGCCGCUAUCCCCGCUACUUGAGUGACAUCACAGACGCAUUGAACCCCCAGGUCCUGUCUGCCAUCAUCUUCAUCUACUUUGCCGCCCUGUCACCCGCCAUCACCUUCGGUGGCCUCCUGGGAGAAAAGACCCAUAACCUGAUGGGUGUGUCGGAACUGCUUAUCUCCACCGCAGUACAGGGCAUCCUCUUCUCCCUGCUGGGGGCUCAGCCCCUGCUCGUGGUGGGCUUCUCAGGACCCCUGCUCGUGUUUGAGGAAGCCUUCUUCUCGUUCUGCAAGAGUAACGGCCUGGAGUACAUCGUGGGCCGCGUGUGGAUUGGCUUCUGGCUCAUCCUGCUGGUGGUGCUGGUGGUGGCCUUCGAGGGCAGCUUCCUGGUCCGCUUCAUCUCCCGCUACACCCAGGAGAUCUUCUCCUUCCUCAUCUCCCUCAUCUUCAUCUAUGAGACCUUCUCCAAGCUGAUCAAGAUCUUCCAGGACCACCCACUGCUGGAGAACUAUGACCACAAUGUGACAAGAAUACCCAAACCUCAGGCCCCCCUGCCCAACACAGCCCUCCUCUCUCUCGUGCUCAUGGCUGGCACCUUCUUGUUCGCCAUGAUGCUGCGCAAGUUCAAGAACAGCUCCUACUUCCCUGGCAAGCUGCGACGAGUCAUUGGGGACUUCGGGGUUCCCAUCUCUAUCCUGAUCAUGGUCAUGGUGGAUGCCCUCAUCCAGGACACCUACACCCAGAAACUCAGUGUACCUACAGGCCUCACCGUAUCCAACACCUCGGCCCGAGGCUGGCUCAUCCACCCUCUGGGCUUAUAUAAGCCAUUUCCCAUCUGGAUGAUGUUUGCCUCCGUCCUGCCUGCCCUGCUGGUCUUCAUCCUCAUUUUCCUUGAGUCCCAGAUCACCACGCUGAUCAUCAGCAAACCGGAGCGCAAGGUGGUCAAGGGCUCUGGCUUCCACCUGGACCUGCUGCUGGUCAUGGGCAUGGGCGGGCUGGCCACCCUCUUUGGGCUGCCCUGGCUCAGUGCCACCACUGUGCGUUCUGUCACCCACGCCAAUGCCCUUACGGUCAUGAGCAAGGCCAGCACCCCAGGGGCUGCAGCCCAGAUUCAGGAAGUCAAGGAACAGCGGAUCAGCGGGCUCCUGGUCUCUGUGCUCGUGGGCCUGUCCAUCCUCAUGGGGCCCAUCCUGUCCCACAUCCCCUUGGCUGUGCUGUUUGGCAUCUUCCUCUACAUGGGGGUCACAUCCCUCAGUGGCAUCCAGCUUUUUGACCGCAUCUUGCUUCUGUUCAAGCCGCGCAAGUACCACCCGGAUGUGCCCUACGCCAAGCAGGUGAGAACCUGGCGCAUGCACUUGUUCACGGGCACUCAGAUCAUCUGCCUGGUAGUGCUGUGGGUGGUGAGGAGCAUCAAAACCAUCUCGCUGGCCCUGCCGUUCGUCCUCAUCCUCACGGUGCCCCUGCGCCACUUGCUGCUGCCACUCGUCUUCCAGAACCUGGAGCUCCAGUGUCUGGAUGCUGACAAUUCCAAGCCGAACUUCGAUGAGGAGAAUGGUCAGGAUGAAUAUGAUGAGGUGGCCAUGCCUGUGUGA